GACACUCUCUCUCUCUCUCUUCUCUCCUCUCUCUCUCAGGAUACAAUACAAAGUGAAAUUUGACGUGCCCAAGAUUGGAUUUUGAGCAUUUUUUAGCAUCGGAAAUCGGUGUUGGAAACCAUGUAUGCACCGAGCUUCCAGGAGUCCGCCGACCUGGCCCUUCUUGAAUCCAUAAGGAGGCACUUGUUACUUGACGACGCGGAGAGUCGGCUCGUCGCGAGUUGUCCCAGCGGAGCUCGGCCGUGGAGCACCAACCUCGGCGGGGACUCGUGCCCUUAUCUGGCCGAGAGUUGGGGAGAGCUCCCUCUCAGAGAAGACGACCCGGACGAUAUGGUCCUCUACGGGUUCCUGAACGAGGGUUUCUCCGCCGGUCGGGCCCCGUCGGGCCCACAGGAGGCCCGCCGGUCCGGCUUCGCGGCGGAGGUUUCGGUGAAGCCAGAGCAGGAGUCAUUCCCGGUGGCAACUUGGUCGCCGGAGUGUGUUGCGGCUCCACCGCCUGCAACGGUCCCGGCGAAGGGGAAGCAUUAUAGAGGAGUGAGGCAGCGGCCAUGGGGGAAGUUCGCGGCGGAGAUCCGCGACCCGGCGAAGAACGGGGCCCGGGUCUGGCUCGGGACCUACGAGACAUCGGAGGACGCGGCGCUGGCCUACGAUCGAGCCGCCUACAGAAUGCGCGGCUCGCGGGCCUUGCUCAAUUUCCCGCUCCGGAUUAACUCGGGCGAGCCCGAGCCCGUCAGGGUGACGUCGAAGCGGUCGUCGCCGAAACGGCCAUCACCAGAGCCGUCAACUUCCUCAUCGUCAUCGCAGGACAGCGGCUCUGGGAAGAGGACGAAAAAGGCGACGAUGGGAUCCUCGGCGGCUGCCGCGGCGGCACGAGUGGCCACGUUAGAGAAUGGGGCGGAGGGAUUCCAAGUAGGACACCACGUGGCAAUGUCCACAAGUGGCGGACAGCUAUUAGCUAGCCUAUGAUUGACAUCUUCUUUUGUGGCAAA